UUUAGAGCGUAAUUGCUGUGCGUCACAAGAUAGUUCAAACUAGAACUUUCCAAAGUGGCCAACGAAGUGUAGCUCGGAUAGAUUUAAUCACUGUACGUCACGGAUAAUUGGACCAUCUGGUCCUUUUGCGGGCAUAAAGGAGGACAAGUUAGACCACUCUUUACUAGAUCAUCAUGCUCAACUUGAAAGUAAUAGGUUUGCUGUUAGCGAUCUCCGUCGUUAUAGCACAAGAAAACAAAGAAGAAAUCGUCCUUCAAGAGUUUCCUGAGGGCAGGUUGGCUGAAGAUGAGAAGAGCAAAGGAAAAGAUGAUUACGCCGGGACGGCCCAGCAGGCGUUCGACCCGACUUGCUUGAUCUGGACCCGCAGACAAACUUGCAAUAACCGAAAGAAAAAGCGACAAUUAAAAAAAACAGAAAAGGAUUAUCAACAGAUCUUUCGCGAUGAUACAACAUCGUCUAGUUACACACUCGAGAAACGACGAGCGCGACCCGACAAGCGCAUGCGCACUAUACAACACCAGAACGAGAGAAUCGACAGAAGUCAGGAAGCACAAGUGCUCACGUAGAUGUCCCACAUGGAAUACUCAAGCUGAUGUUACAGACCUCGGACAGUAUCACUCUUCAUGGACUCUAGCUACCUACACUACAACAAAUGCUGCAAUAUAUCUAACGCGAUUUUACGCAAAAUCAUCUCGCUUUACAAUAACACUAAUAGAUUUAUGGUAUUAUGAAAUAAUUUAUAUAAAUUAAAGAUUUUAGAUUUGAUGUUUAGUUAAGAUAAUAUCAUAUGGGCUUGCACAAUAAAGAAACCAUAAUGAGAAA